CAUUUUACAACAAAAUUUCCUCAACCGCCGACAGCCAGACGCGCGUCUUUUUUUUAUCAAGUGAUUAAUGCUGAUUUUACGGCGAUUCAUAAGGCACAGGAAGUGAAAAAUUACAACUAAACUGAAUUAGAACACGUUUUUUUCUAUCGGAAAACACCAUGGAUCGACGCCUGAGACGCCCGCGUCGCACGGACGACGUGUCCAGCGGUCCAGUGUUGCAACAAUCCACACAACCCAGUCUCUUACCGGUGACCCGACGAGCGGGAUCUAUUACAGCGGCCGCAGCAGCCUCUGCCGUUGGUCCCGCUACCCGGACACGUGCCUCCCCGUCGCGCAACAAGGUCACCGCACCGCCCUCACCCGAACUUGGUCCGCGCACCCGUCGCUCCAGUCGUCCGAGAUCAUCGGUGGGUCCGUUGACCAUAUCGGGACCAGGAUCCGGUUCCUCGUUGGCCAUCAAGGCCGCCAUCAAGGCUCGCACGCCCAUUCGAGAGGUUUCUGAGGUAGCAUCACCCGUUCGUCAGUCUACCAGCAAUUUUCCCACGACGCUGACCACCAACACAUCUAGCGGUGCCCCGAAUAAAUCCUUCAACACAAGCUCCGUUAACAGCGGCAACAACUACAGUCGCACGACUACAACCAGCUCCACCACAACUACCGAGCGCAUUGAAAUCCGUGCUGAGGGUGAUAGCGAGGUGGACACUGAUUCCAUUCGGAAGCGUAUCACCGAAAGACUCCGCAGAUCGGUAUCGAAGACAAUCUCGAAUUUGGCAGGAACCCCAGUGACGAACACCGAAGAAGGUAGUCGCUACAGCCGGAGUGUUUCCCGAUCAGUAUACGACGAUGAGAAGUCCUCGAAGCACAGUUACUCCACGGGAGAAGAGGAUAUCGAAGAGGAAGAUGAGCUUGAGGAGGAACAGUUCCGUAGCUUCAAUGUCACUCGAAAAUCGGCAACUCCGGCAGAAACCUCAUGCCGCCAAUUGAAGACUCCUCGAGAAUUCGGCGGCUGGCCAGGAGCCUUCCUGCUAUUGCUUCUGUUGCCCACAGUUGUGUACUAUCUCAGCUGGAGCUGCACAUCCAGAAAUUCCUGUCACUUUAAGCGCUUAAAUCUUGGUAUUGUACUGGAUGUAAACUACUUAACUCGACAUGUGUUCCAGCCUCGUGUGGUCGGUGCCUUUGCUGCCUAUCAAGUGGUGGUCUUUCUACUAGUGGCCCUUCUACCAGGACGAAGGGUUCAUCUCACUCGAGAGACCUAUAAGUUUAACUGUCCAGCAGUUGCACUGACCCUUUUAUUUGCCGGUGGAGUUGCCGAGUAUCUGAAGUAUCCGGUUGUGUCUUUCAUUCUGCGUCACUAUCUUCGUUUCUGUAUUUUUGGACUCGUUGGAGCCUUUGUGGCUGCUGCCUGGAGCUACUGGUUGGUGGACAAUGCCAAAUACAAUGUGCUUCGCCAGACGCUGACCAAUGAUUAUGGCAGAACUGGCAUCUUUGUGGUGGAUUUCGCGCUGGGCAGACAGCUCAAUCCCAAGUGGCUGGGACGCGUGGAUUGGAAGCAGUUCCAGUACCGACUCUCCUUGGUGACCACUUUGAUCUAUGCCGUAUGUUAUAUCUACCAGACGGUCGUAUGGCCACAGAAGCCACAACUGGCAGAAACAGAAGGAAAUCUUCACCUGGUUAAAUACUACUGGAACAAUGUCAACUAUGAUGCGGGCAUCCUGCUCUCGGCCGGCUGUUUGCUGUUCUACGUUUUGGAUUCCAUCAUAUUUGAGCACCACUUGAGCUCGUCUUUUGAGUUGCAACAUGAAGGUUAUGGUUGCCUGCUGCUCCUGCGCUACGCAGCCACUCCUUAUCUGCUGACGGCGGUACCCAAGUAUUUCUACGAUCAACGCGUGCCGAUCUCCUGCUGGUACGCUCCGCUGGGAGUGGCUGCUCUUCUAUCUCUGGGAUUGCUGAUAAAGCGUUAUAGCUGCGCCUACAAGUACAAAUACCGAGAGAACUCACAGAAUCCGAUCUUUGCCAAUAUUGAGACUAUUCACACGUAUCAGGGAAGCCGUCUGCUGCUCAGUGGAAUGUGGGGCUGGGUCAGGCAGCCCAAUUAUCUCGGUGACAUCCUAGCCCUGCUGGCCUUGGCUGCUCCGAUGGCCCUGCGUAUUGCCUUGCCUCCGCUGUUGGGUCUAAGUUUGAUCAUUGUGCUGCUGCUACAUCGCGCCACCCGAGCUAAUGCCAGGAAUCAGGCGCGCUAUCACUCCUCGUGGCACCGCUAUAGCACCCAGGUGCGCAGCUACAUUCUGCCCAGGAUCUACUAAGGACUUAAUUGACGCAUUAGUUGACUUUUUUAUUUUUGUGGCCAUUUUUAUUUCGAUUUCAGUUUGUUUAUAUUAAAUGUUUCGAAUUUGUAUAUAUAAAUACGUACUCAUAUUGUUCCCACACCAUCAAUAUGCAUUAAUUUAAGUUUUUACUUUCGCCGACAAACAUUUAACAAAAAAAAAAACAAAUCUUCACACACACACACACACAUAAGUUUAAAGUUUAGUUAAAGGCAUCCAAAACAUCUAGCUGUACGGAUUUAUGCGCUUAAGAUCUAUAUACUUUAAAUAAUCAUAACUUUAUGGAACUAUAUGGUAUGCAUAUAGAAAGUACUUUUUAUACUUAAAUAUGAAAUAAAAAAUCCUUAGUUUCUAUGCUAUAGAGAAACGCACAAAAA